AUGGAACUUCACUUCCAUAGCUCAUCUUCGACCAACAACAACAUCAACACGAUGUAUAACAAGCCCGCGAAUAGAAGCUCUACCAAGGGCAAGUUUGUGGGAGUGAGACAGAGGCCUUCGGGCAAAUGGGUAGCAGAGAUCAAGAACACGACCCAAAAGAUCCGUAUGUGGCUAGGCACAUUCGAUACCCCCGAGGAGGCUGCCCUGGCCUACGACGAGGCUGCCUGCCUCCUCCGUGGCUCAAACACGCGCACCAACUUCAUGAACACCGUCCCCUGCAACCCGGCCCUCUCUUUAAAGAUCAAGAACUUGUUGAACCAAAAGAGGAGCCAAAAUAAGGCCAUUAUUACCCCUCCAACUAGUGAUCAAGAACGCCACAACAAGGCCGUUGCUAGUAACAGUAGUAGUAUCAACCAAACGGAAGGAUCUCUUGUUUUCAAUCCAUCCGAGGAUGUGUAUAGGCCCGGCUUCAUCCAUUUCGCGCCUCAGUCACAUGAGGAGGGCGCGGUUGAGGAUGCGCCUUUCCCGGAUUUCGAAAGAAUGAAGGUUGAGAGACAGAUUUCAGCAUCACUCUAUGCCAUGAAUGGCAUAAGUGAAUAUUGGGAUGCCAUCAAUGACUCAAAUGAUGCUUUUUGGGAUAUUCAAACUCUUAGCCAUAUGUUCUGCCCUAGUUAAGCAAAAAAAAAAUUCAUAUUUAUGCAACCUUUUUUGACUCAUUACAUUAGGAAGAAAGUGGUUUUUGUUUGAUCAAAGUAGUUAGUUUGUAUUUGGAAUUUUAUGUUGGCCUUAUUUUAUGUUAGAAGCUAUUUAUUUUUUAUUUUUUUGGUUUAACCACAUGUGUACCGAAUCCGCCUUUUGGCGGAAUCCGACUAA